CCGGGGUAAGUCCGGGCCGGGAGGAGCAGCGACAGCGGAGCUCUGGAACUUGAAAAGUCUUUCCCUAAAUUGUGUUUUCUGCUUCCGUUUCAGGUCACCAACCAGCUUGUAGAUUUUCAGUGGAAACUGGGUAUGGCCGUGAGCUCAGACAGUUGCAGAUCUCUCAGGUACCCUUACGUUGCAGUGAUGCUAAAAGUGGCAGAUCAUUCAGGCCAAGUAAAGAGCAAGUCCUUCGAGAUGACAGUUCCACAGUUUCAGAAUUUCUACAGACAGUUCAAGGAAAUUGCUGCUGUUAUUGAAACUGUAUGAAAACAGUUUGUUGCUAUAGAUGGCUGUCAUCCUGCGAAAAUCAUGGACUUAACUUUCUGCAACCAAACUGCAUAAGGAGUUGAUAU